CAUUGAUCAGCUGUGUCCGUCAUGAUAAAUGGAGCCGGAAGCAACAUCACUAGAAACCAGUGGACAUGUGCAGGAAGCCGGCGGUGCGUUAUGGUGUGGACGUGAAACACCGAGGACAAAUCUAGCUGUUCCCCAAUGCUGACAUGAUAUCCCCAGUCUCUCUGAACAAACUUCAAUUCGGUCUGUAAAGGUCUACCUACGCCCCUCUACACACUACUCAACCAACCAGCCCAAAUCUACACCUCAAACCCAAGAUGGCUACUAGACAAAAAGCCCUGAUGGUUGCAGUGGUCACCCUGUUGGGCGCCACCUUGGGAGGCCUGUUAUUAUGGCGACAACCAACCCUGAGGACACAGAAGAAGAAGCAAUGUCUAGCUCAGGGUCAGAUAGGGGUCAGCACUGGUCCCGUACCAGUGGAACAGCUGGGUCCUGUGGUUGUGGAGCCAGUCCAGACCCAGCUAACCCUUGGUCAGAGCCUGGGCCUCCUGUCUGUUUCACUGCCCCCUGCUGACCAGGUCUUGGCAGUGCAGCCUGUGAUGGUGAGCUCUGAGGAGGGUUGGGAGCAGCUGUGGCCGUCGCUGCAAAAGGAGCUAUCUGUCUACCCCGUCCUCGGCCUGGACUGCGAAUGGGUGUCAGUGAAGGGUAAGGCGUCGGCGGUCUCCCUCCUCCAGAUGAGUUCCUACUCUGGCCUGUGUGUGUUGGUGAGGCUACAGCUGUUCCGAGGUAGCCAGCAGGACCUUCCCCUCAGCUUGAAGGAGGUCCUCAGGGACCCCCAUGUCCUGAAGGUGGGCGUGGGCUGUUAUGAAGACGGGACACGUCUGACCCGAGACUACGGCCUGGCUCUGGGUUGUACCGUGGACCUGCGAUAUCUCGCACUACGACAAAGGAAGGUAGUGUUGAACAAUGGUUUGAGCCUCAAGUCUCUGGCUGCCGACCUGCUCAAUGUGUCUCUGGAUAAAUCCAUGGCGCUUCGAUGCAGUAACUGGGAGGCUGACCAGCUGACCCUAGAACAGAUGACUUACGCAGCCCUGGAUGCCCAGGUAUCCAUCGCCCUGUUCUUCCACCUGCUGGGCCUCUACUCAGACACCACGCCCUCACCUGACAGUGGGAGUGGCUAUACCCAGCUGGCCAAUCGCUGCCAGGGCCUGAUAGACACACCCUUCAGGGAGAGGGGUGAGGGGGAGGAUGGUGAGAGGAGACGGAAGAGUAAGAAGCUCCGGCAGCCUACUUUGGAAAGCUCAGAGAUUGGUGACCAGCAAGUACCAGACCCCAGAAAGAACAACAAGAGGAAACCGCUUGGUGUGGGUUACUCUGCUAGGAAGUCCCCUCUUUACGACAACUGCUUCCUCCAUGCCCCGGACGGACAACCCCUCUGUACCUGCGACAAGAGGAAGGCCCAGUGGUACCUGGAUAAAGAACUAGGAGUGUUGCAGAGUGACGAGCCCUUCAUCGUGCGUCUGUUGUUUGAGCCGUCGGGACGUCCAGAGUCCCAGCAGGACUACUACCUGACUGCCAAGAAGAACAUGUGUGUGGUGUGUGGCAAGAACGAGUCUUAUAUCAGGAAGAACAUCGUUCCUCACGAGUACAGACAACACUUCCCCAUGGAGAUGAAGGACCACAACUCCCAUGACGUCUUGCUGCUGUGCACUUCCUGUCACGCAGCCUCCACCGUGCACGACGGCUUCCUGAAGCAGCAGCUGGCUGAUGAGCAUGGCGCGCCCCAGGGGUGUGAGGAGGGCGUGCGCCUCCUGGAGGACUCUGACCGCAGGAGGGUUCGUUCUGCAGCCCGAGCCCUGCUCACCGUGGGGGAGGGGCUUCCAGAGGUCAGGAGAGAUGAGCUGCAGAAGGUCAUAAAGUGCUUCUUCAACGACAUGGAGCUGAGUCCCGAGACACUUCAGAGGGCUGCAGACCUGGAGACGAGGAUCUUCAAUGAGAGCUACGUUCCCCACGGGCUGAAGGUGGUGAAGGUGAAGGCCGAGCAGGGCCUGAAGGGAUUAAUGGUGCUGGAGAGCCGCUGGAGACAACACUUCCUGUCUACCAUGACACCUCGCUACCUUCCUCCUCACUGGUCUGUCAGCCACAACCACGACAAGUUACUACGCAAGUACGGAGAUGACCUUCUCAUCCAGCUUAACUGACCUACAGUCACCACUGUCUGGUUCCCCAUCAGCUGUUGCAGCAGCCUCUACCUGGGGUCCAGCCAGCCUCUACCUGGGGUCCAGCCAGCCUCUACCUGGGGUCCAGCCAGCCUCUACCUGGGGUCCAGCCUCUACCUGGGGAUUACACAGUAGCCCAGAGAUCAGACUAAUGCCUACAGGUGAAGGGUUGGAUUCUGUGUGUUCAGUGCCUGCGAUCCUCCUCAGUCUACUGUUGGCUGGACGAGGACAUCUGUUGCUCUGAUUGUGGUGCCUUACAUGUUAAAUGCCAGACAGAGCCUGUGCUAGUGGGCCCAGCAGGAUGUAUUGGACCCCUUUACUGACACAUUGGCACCCUGCUCUUUUAAAUAGUGUCGGACAUUUUGACCAGGACCCAGAAGGUGCCAUUUUGAGAUCCUGAGAGAGACUGGCCUUGUUUUUUCUGACCGAGGGAAAAUAAUUCAGUGUCAAGAACACUGUCUGAAGAUGGUGGUGCAGAAUUCAUGAUGAAAUCCUAUUGAAUAUAGGAUCUUCACGAUACCAGUAUCCCGAUACACUGAGAUAUCGUGGCAAGGAAACGAAACAUGAAGCUGAAUUUCCUGAUGGGGGGGAAACAGUCCUAAUGUUGUCAACCAGAAUCACGUGUUUAUUUUCCUACAACAGACAAUAUUUUACUUCCAGUAGAUUUUAAUGACCGAAAGAGUUCAGUCUGCUUUGUGUUUUCCUUGUUGCCAUGGAAAACCAGGUUUUCGUGACGACCCUGCUAUGGUUUGGUUUCCCUGAUUUUUAUUUUAUUUUAUUUUUUUUUUAUUUUUUUUUAAACUAGUCCUAGCCAGGAAUACCAUAGGAGACUAGACUUCAUCUAGGGCCAAGAAACAGGCCCUAUACAGGGCAUUUGGGAACGUAUUCAGACCCCUUGAUUUUUACCACAUUUUGUUACGUUACAGCCUUAUUCUAAAAAUGGAUUAAAUGUUUUCUUUUUCUUCUCAUCAAUCUACACAAUAGCCAUAUGAUGUUGACAUCGAUUUAGGAAGCACCUCGCACAUCUGAUUCAGUUGUACAACUGACUAGGUAUCUCUCCCCCCACUAACUAAUCCAUUUUAGAAUAAGGCUGUAACGUAACAAAAUGUGGACAAAGUCAAGGGGUCUGAAUACUUUCCAGUUUCAGAAAAUCAUGUAUUUUAGACUAGGCUGAAACCUGCUUUUAGUUAUCAUUAAAUAUGAGUCAUAAUUUCCCCUGCAGGUUUUCAGUCCUAAAGAUGGGCAUUUGUGAGCGUGCAGAAAUCAAGUUUGCUUGGCAAAGGUAGCUUACAUUUUUUUUUUUUUUAACACGACAGAGCACCUCAUCUUUGUCUUCUUUAAAUGGAUCAGACCAAGCUAUAUAUUCAAUAACUGAUCAGCCGUUAUGAAUUGAUGCCAAAUGACGACCAGCCAUUGAAUGUGUCUGAAAUGGCUCUACGUUGCCUUCAGAGUAUUCACACCCCUGUUUCCACAUUCUGUUACGGCCUGAUUUUUAAAAAUGAUUACGUUUUUAGAUUUUUUUUAUUUUGUCACUGACCU